AUGCAAGCCUACAUCUUCAGGCACGCGACCCUUCAUAAGAAGCUGAAGGAAGUUGGCAUUGCACUUCCAGAUGAGGAUUCGGAUUCCGGGCAUAACUUCCUGUUCCAGGACCUCGACGAGUCCGUGAACAUGGUGCUCCGGCUCGAGUCUUUUCAGGAUAGGGUUGACUUUGCGUAUGCCAUGGCCACUCUGGGCGACAUAGUCUUUGUGAGAGUGCGGAAUCAAGCCGGCGAUACCUUGCAAGCGCGUGGGUGGCUGCUAAGCUCAUCGCUGCGUGGCCACUGCCGUCAAAGGGGUUGCCGAAACCAGCACGACGAAGGUCGGCCAACAGCAGGUUGGUUACCUCCGGAUAGCUUGGACUUCUGA